AUGUGUCACAGAAAUGUGGUAAAUUAUUUGCUUAAAGUAUUGGGAAAUCGAAUUGUUCCCAUAGAAAUCGGUUUACACUAUACUGAUGAGAAUUGGUCUCAAAAACUAAUGACCGCCAAGGAUUUUAUCACUAAACAUUAUUUAUCAGACAGUGGGGACAUUGGAUAUUUGGCACAACACAAUGUAUUUGAUCAAAUUACAGAGCUGAAAGAAGACAUUAGUAUUCCAGAAUAUUGUUCUGUGCUGUAGAGGUCAUGCAGAUCUGAAGAAGACACAUCUGAUAUAAAUGCUUGGCUGGGCCCUAAGGGGACGGUUUCACCUUUGCAUCAGGAUCCCAAAAAUAAUAUUUUAACUUAAGUGUAUGGCACCAAACAAGUUUUAUUAUUCUCUCCAAAAGAUAGUGAACACCUCUACCCCUAUAAGGAUAAAUUGCUUUCAAACACUGCUCGAAUAGAUCCAAUAAAUCCUAACCUAUUGAAGUUCCCUAAAUACCAAAAUGCACAAUUAUAUAAAUGCUUAUUAGGACCUGGAGAAAUGCUGUUUAUUCCAGUUAAGUGGUGGCAUCAUGUUACUGCUUUCAGUUAG